AUGGCCCCUCCUCGAAACAGAGGCUUCAAAGGUCGGGGCAAGGUCCCUGUGACCAAUGCAAGAAGACGAGAUGGCUUCUCGUCCUCCCGACUAGACGAGAUACAGUCGGAAGAAUGCUCUUCGGGGAGAGAAGAAUCUACUAUAGAAGAGAUAGAUGAUGGAAUGGACUACGAGGAACUUGUCGAUGGAGGGUCAUCAGACAGCGAAGAAGAUGACCACGAGGAUCAGGAAUCCGGGCGUCCCUAUACGGAAUUGCUCCAACUACUCAAUACUAGCUCGGACAGCAAAGGGCCAGCCCGGAAAAAGAGAAAGGUCGAGGAAAAAGCCAAUGAAGCGGAACGCGACGCUGAGAUGUUCCCCCGUGGCGGAGGGGAUGACGAGUCGCUUGCAGACGUGGAUCUAGAGCAGCGAGAAUCCGAGGAUGAGGAGGAUGAGGAGGAUGAGGGCUUGGAAGAAGUGGACAUCGAUGAACCCGAAGGAGGCGAUGAGGACGAUGACAAUGAUCCGUUCGAAACGCAUUUUACAACUCCACCGGAAGAUGAAUUAUCUAAGAAGAUCCAGGCUGCGAAGGAAAACCAGUGGCGGACCGUCAAAAAAGAACUUCCAGAAGGGUUGAAAUUGGUGCAAGCGGUGCCGGACAUCGGAAAUGACGUCCCUUUGCACCUGGCCAUGAAGAACGUUGGCAAUGUGAAGCUCAAGAAGAAGCUCAGUGGACCCGCUACGGAGCACAUCCGGGAAAUCAGCGGACAUGCUCAGCAUCUUGCUCCGUAUAUCUUCAAUUACCAGGAUGUCUUGUAUGGUGCCAGAACCACGUCUAACACAGUUGCUAUGCGGGAUCUUUUGGCCGUCCAUGCGGCCAAUCAUGUGUUGAAGACGCGGGAUCGCGUGCUCAAAAACAAUGCUCGCAUUGCGAAAGAACCGGAUGCCGACCUCGAUGUACGGGAUCAAGGCUUCACCAGGCCCAAGGUGCUCUACCUGCUGCCGACCCGACAAGCAUGCGUGCGUGCGGUGGAGGCGAUCGCCCGAUUCUACCAACCCGAGCAGCAAGAAAAUAAGAAACGGUUCCUCGAUACCUUUUCUGCAGACGAUGACGAGGGCUGGGAGAACAAACCGGACGAUUUUCGAGAGCUCUUUGGAGGGAACGAUGACGAUAUGUUCCGACUGGGUCUGAAGUUCACUCGCAAGACCAUCAAAUUCUUUGCGCAGUUCUACACCUCCGAUCUCAUCCUGGCUAGUCCCCUGGGUCUGCGCACCAUCAUGGAUCAAGCUGACGCCAAAAAACGAGAUCACGACUUCUUGUCGUCCAUCGAGGUCGUGAUCGUCGACCACACCGAUGCCCUGUUGAUGCAGAACUGGGGCCAUGUCGAUUACAUCUUCCAACACCUGAACCUGCAGCCCAAGGAGGCGCACGGAUGUGACUUCAGCCGGGUUCGCACAUGGUACCUGGACAACAACGCACGCUACCUGCGACAGCUGAUCAUGUUAACGUCCUUCGUGACGCCGGAGAUCAACUCGGUCUUCUCGUCGCAGAUGCGCAAUGUAGCCGGCAAGAUCAAAUUGACGCCCGUGUACGCGGGAGCAAUCUCAGAAGCAACCAUGAUGCCCAUGGCAGUCAAGCAGACCUUCUCGCGGCUCGACUGUCUCUCGCCGGCUAAAGACCCGGAUGCGCGAUUCAAGCACUUCACGACGACGGUGCUGUCGUCACUCGUGCGCAACAUCACCUCGAGUCGUGGCAAAAACGGCGGCGGCACCCUGAUCUUCAUCCCGUCGUACCUGGAUUUCGUACGCAUCCGGAACCACUUCGCCACGUCGACGCAGACCAGUAAUAUCUCGUUUGGGGCCAUCUCCGAAUAUACGGAUGCUCGCGACGUCAGCAGAGCGCGCACGCAUUUUAUGACCGGGCGACACUCCGUACUCCUCUACACGGAGCGAUUCCAUCAUUUCCGUCGGUACCAGAUCCGUGGUGUCAAGCGGGUGAUCAUGUACGGGCUGCCAGAGAACCCGACGUUCUGGGGCGAAAUGGUCGCGAUGCUGGGACUGGGUCCGGCCGGGGUGGUCGAGGCCACCGGCGAAGGAGGCGUGCGGGCACUGUUCUCCAAAUGGGAUGCGUUGAAGCUGGAGCGGAUUGAUGUCCAUCCCCAUCAGCAGUCAGCUUCGGAUGUCACUUACGAUACGAAUCCCCCCUCCUUAUUUUCAAGAUUUGGCUGGAUGACAUCUCGACGGACGGAUCCCGAUGACGUGCGAAGACCUUUUCUGGGGUCGACAGCACCCUCCUCGCCGUGGUGGCAACGCACGCAAAAAUCCGCCCGCGAGGCCUGGGCUCGGGGCAAAGGAAUGAUUCUGGUGCUGCUGUCGCAGUUCUUUGGAUCGUCCAUGAAUGUGAUGACGAAAACGCUGGAGAUGGAGGGAAAUAAUGGACGGGGUUUCACUCCGUUUCAGAUCCUCUUCGCUCGCAUGUCCAUCACAGUGGUGGCGAGCUAUCUCUACAUGUGGUACGCCCAGGUACCGCAUCCCUUCGGUACCCGAUCUGAGCUCGGAUUGCUGCUGCUGCGCGCUACAGGGGGGUUUUUCGGGGUUUACGGACUGUACUACUCGGUGCAGUACUUACCGCUGUCGGAAGCCACAGUACUGACGUUCCUGGCGCCCAUCCUGAGUUGCUACGCCUGUUCGUUCUUCAUCCCGCAUGAAAGCUUCACGAUUAAGCAGCAGCUGGCUGCGUUGAUGUCGCUGGCGGGCGUGGUCUUGAUCGCGCGGCCGUUCUCCCACUCUGACGAGGAGUCGGCCGACACAACCCACCGGACGCUGGCAAUCAUCAUGGCUUUGGUCGGGGUGCUUGGCGCGUCGUGCGCAUACUCCGCCAUCCGGAUGAUUGGUCCACGAUGCCAUCCCCUGGUAUCGGUGACGUAUUUCUCGCUCGUCACGACGGUGGUGUCGCUCGUAGCCAUGCUGGUGAUCCCCUCGGUGCCGCUGGAGUUGCCAGGCACUGCGUUGGAAUGGACCUUGCUGACCGGAUUGGGUGUGUGUGGCUUUCUGCUCCAGUUUCUGCUUACGGCCGGGUUAUCGUACGUGCCGCCACCACCGCGCCGGAAGGAGAAACAGGUCAACAGUCUGUAUGGGAGUGACGAUAAUGGUCAAUCGGAUGACGAGAGUGCACCGCGGCCAUCGUCGUCGGGAUCCCGGGCCACAUUCAUGCUGUAUACGCAGAUGCUAUUUGCGGUUUUCUACGACCGAGUGGUCUGGGGGAGCUCGUUGUCGGCGGUGAGCUGGGUGGGAUCGGGACUCAUCCUAGUCAGCGCCAUGUACGUAGCGAUGGCGCGGGAGAGCCGACCCGACCGAGAGUCUUGCGCCGGAGAGGCAGACGAGCCGAUCGAGGGGAGUCAGGAUGCAGACAGCGAUGCAGAGCGACGUCAUGGAGGAGGAAUGCUGGGGAGAAAGGCGGGGAAAACAACGCAUGAAGCGGCGGACGCGGCAGGCGGUCGGACGAUCUGA